CGGGGCCUCGGGAGGCUGUGUAUGGGGAGCGGCGGCGGAGGCGGAGGCGGCUGGCAGCGGAUCCCGGAGUGCCGGGGAAAGCAUUGGGCAUUUUACCACCAUGCUGAUGGCCUUUUAAAUAGAUUUGCCAGUUUCCCCAAAUUUCAACAACUGAAGAAAACCUUGAGUUUAUACUUGAGGACUAAAGUGUGACUCUACCAGUUACCAGGCUUUCAGGAUGAAUCUGGAAAAACUCAGCAAGCCUGAACUCCUGACCCUAUUCAGUAUUCUUGAAGGAGAGCUUGAAGCAAGGGACCUUGUAAUAGAAGCUUUAAAGGCCCAACACAGAGAUACUUUCAUUGAAGAACGCUAUGGAAAAUACAACAUUAGUGAUCCUUUAAUGGCUCUACAGAGAGAUUUUGAAACACUAAAAGAGAAAAAUGAUGGUGAAAAGCAGCCAGUCUGCACCAAUCCACUGUCUAUUCUUAAGGUGGUGAUGAAGCAGUGUAAGAACAUGCAGGAACGCAUGUUGUCCCAGCUGGCUGCUGCUGAGAGCAGGCACCGGAAGGUGAUACUAGACCUCGAGGAAGAAAGGCAGAGGCAUGCCCAGGACACAGCUGAAGGAGAUGAUGUCACCUAUAUGCUGGAGAAGGAGAGGGAGAGGCUCACUCAACAGUUGGAAUUUGAAAAAUCCCAAGUGAAAAAAUUUGAAAAAGAGCAAAAGAAGCUCUCUAGUCAGCUGGAAGAGGAGCGCUCCCGCCACAAGCAGCUCUCAUCCAUGCUGGUGCUUGAGUGCAAGAAAGCCACCAGUAAGGCAGCUGAGGAAGGGCAGAAAGCAGGGGAGCUGAGCUUGAAACUGGAGAAGGAGAAGAGCCGGGUGAGUAAACUGGAGGAAGAGUUGGCAGCUGAGAGAAAGCGAGGCCUGCAGACGGAGGCCCAGGUAGAAAAGCAAUUGUCUGAGUUUGACAUCGAAAGGGAACAGCUGAGAGCAAAACUAAAUCGAGAAGAAAACCGGACAAAAACUCUGAAAGAAGAGAUGGAAAGUCUGAAGAAGGUAGUGAAGGACCUAGAGGCUUCCCAUCAGCAUAGUAGCAUUGAUGCCCAACUGAAGAAACCGGUAACCAUGUCCCGAGGCACAGCAACUGAGCCCCCCAGGCUAGUGUCUGUAUUUUGCCAAACAGAGAGCAUUCCGGCAGAACGAAUCCAUGGAAGCAACAUAACCAAGGUGACAAACACUGGGAUUUUGCCCAGUCCCAACACUCCUGCUUUCUCUUAUGCAAAGACUAAUGGCCAUUGUGACCCAGAGGUACUAACUACCAGGGAGUUGAUUGCAGGCAGCAGUGUAGAAAAUCAAGUGCCUCCACAAGAGAAGUCGGUGACAUUGGCUCAAGAGAAACCAGUGGAGAAUGGUGGGUAUCCGGUGGGAACAGAGAGUCCAGUCCCCAUGCCUGGCUACCUCGCUUCCAGUGGGAGCUCGCCAUCUCCCAGCAGCACUGCCUCCUCCUCUCUCACAUCUUCUCCUUGCUCCUCACCAGUACUAACUAAGCGCUUAUUGGGCUCAUCAGCUAGCAGUCCUGGCUACCAGUCAUCCUACCAGGUAGGGAUCAACCAGCGGUUCCAUGCAGCUCGGCAUAAAUUUCAGUCCCAAGCAGAUCAGGACCAACAAGCCAGUGGUCUGCAGAGCCCUCCGUCCAGGGAUCUGUCCCCUACUCUUUUAGACAACUCUGCUGCCAAGCAGCUGGCUCGAAACACAGUCACUCAGGUGCUUUCCAGAUACACUAGCCAAGGGCCAAUCAAGCCUGUGUCUCCCAACAGCUCUCCUUUUGGCACAGACUAUCGAAAUCUGGCCAACACUGCCAACCCAAGAGGUGACACCAGCCAUUCACCUUCUCCAGGAAAAGUAUCCAGUCCUCUGAGCCCCCUAUCUCCAGGAAUCAAAUCUCCUACCAUCCCAAGGGCUGAGAGAGGAAAUCCUCCACCUAUCCCACCAAAAAAACCUGGUCUCGCCCCUUCUGCAUCUCCCACUCCACUGACCAAAACUCAUUCCCAGGCAUCCUCUCUGACCACCACAGAAGACCUUGCCAGCAGCUGCUCUUCCAAUGCAGUGGUAGCUAAUGGCAAAGACGUUGAGAUACUUCUGCCUACCAGCAGCUAGUUCUAUGAAUGAGUCUCCACAGUUGACAUUCCAUGUGAUUUUGUGCAAGAAUGAAACCAUUGAGUCAGAUUAUGUUAUUUAUUUUGAUAGUAGCUGCAACCAUCUGUAUAAUACAUUUAGUGUAUUUUACCUUUUUGUAUUUUUUUAAAUAGAAACUGAGUAGUUCGCAUUUUUAUGGCUUAUGUCUUUAUACUAAAUCUAGAAGGGCACCUCAGAGACAUCUCAAGCUCCGCAGACACUGCCUCGUGAUGAAGAAAGCUAAUUGAGUACCCAGUGGUGAUCUGCUAGCUAUUUUGGGACAGAAUUACUCAACACUCAUUUUGAAUAGUGCAGAAGUAUUUCAUGCAGAUUUUUAUUCCAGAUAAACAUGUUAAAAGUGCCUGAAAUAAGACUGCCAUGUGAAUGUAAUUCUGCAGCAAAAAACAUAAAAUGGAUCAUGUAAUUGCAGAAAAUGAGAUCCCAUGUCAAUUCUGAAUGUUAAAAAACCCAACACUGCUUUUAAUCCUCUUUUACCAUUUUUAAUGCAUACUUCGUGUUCUGAAACAGGGCUACAUAAGUAUGGAAUCCUUACAGUGGGGAGGAAUUUUCCAUAAAGCUGAGCUUUAUAGAGCCCUUGAGAAACCCUCCUGAGCACUAAGCAGUUGAGGUGCUAAUUUUCUUGUACUUUUAAAAAUUCAGUCAUUCCAAGUUUCUUUCAGAAUGAAAUCACAUCUCCAUUCAAAAACAUUUUCAAGCAUCUACUGUGGUGAAAGGAACUUCUGAUUGCUUUUACUUGAAUAGGAAAUGGUUGUUCAUUCUGUGUAAGUUUUACAACAGAAUGAAAUCUGUACUCAAAAAGCAAUAAUUUAAAAUUGACUCUCUUUAUAAUAUUAUAAAUCAGAAUAAUACAGGUUUUAUUGGAUCGUUACAUUUAUGCUCCAAGCUGCCAGCACUUGUCAGUAUCUCUGAACCAAAUGAACUUUUGCCUAAAUGGUAGUAUACGCAUACCUGUAUAGAUACGUACUCCUUUGUGUGUUUAACAUAUACUUAAACACAUAAAUUGUUAGUGUGAUUCUAUCUUUGGAGUUUGCAAUAUAGCAUAAAGGACAAGUAGAACUGCACAUUAAGAUUACCUUCCAAAGCAACUGGAUGUGUCUGGGACCCAGUCAAAUAAAGGAGGACUGUUGUCCAUGGGGAAAUGGGAAAAUUCCAGAGGAAGCCCACAUCUUCAGCAUCUUAAAAAGGCACAACUAAAUUAACCCCACUGGCACAAAACUCAGCUCAUUAGAGUGAAACAGAUCACUCCCUCAAGUGGUAUCAAAUAACUUAGAGAGGGGGGAGCUACGGCAAUCUGAAGAACCCAGUCCCUUUUAAAAAGGCUACCUUGUUCUGCUCCAGCUGCUUCCUCCUGUACAAGAAUGCUAGACCAGGGCUACCACAUCAUCAAGCUUUUAUGAUAUCCAAAUUUUUGUGAGAAAUAUUCCCAUUUUUUAAAUAUCAAGAACUGAUUCAAAGGCCAAACCUGAUGGGACAUGCUUGUAAUCGCAGCACUCAGAGGCUAAGACAGGAGGAAUGCUGUGAGUUAAGUCUGUAGAGUCGGUUCAGGGUCAGCCUUAACUACAUAGUGAAACACUGUCUAGAAAGACCUAACUGAGUAAAUAAAUAUUUUAAACACUGCUGGUUAACAUUUCAGCUGGAUUUAUUUUGCAAGCUGCCAGGAUGCAACUUCUUUCUUUCUAGAAACUUCUGUUGUUUCAGUCAUAGUAAGUUUAUAUAGACAGAAACCUUCAGACUUUCCAGCUGUGUCCAUGGUAUAUAAUUGCCCCACUCUUCCAGCCAGGUCUCUCACAACCCACCUCAGAUAGUGGUGGUUAUACAAUUUGGUGAUCCACAGAGAGAGAGAGACCUUGGUGUCUUCACAUACACGUUCCCCUAACUCUUGCCUGACUGUAGCUCCUGACUUGCUAUAAUCUUGUUUCCCUUAAUCUGAUAUGAGUUGAUGAGAAAGGCAAGUAAUAGAAAAUUGAUACAUAAAUCACGGGAAUAUACUAAGGAUUCUAGAUUAUAGUUUGAUUAAAGGCAAAAAUUAAGUGCUUUCUGGUGCCCAAAGUGUUUGCCAAAAUGAUAUAGGAGAUAUCUUAAACUGUCUAAAACAGUCAUACAUUGAACUUGAUUUCCAUUGCAUAGCCAAAAUGAACAGUGUUGAUAAAAUUUCUCAACCUUCUAAACAGGAGGGAGGCUACAGUGCCAGAGUGUCUCUUGCUUUAAAUGGUAAUCUUAAAAGUUGCAUUGUGCUCUUCUUUUGUUUUGGGAUACAUAUAUAUAUAUAGAAAGAGAGAGAGAGAGAGAGAUUAUAAGGAAGUUUUAUUUCUUAGGAAGUGCACUGAAUAAUGUAUUUCUUUUACAGUGUAAUAUGGGGUGGGAUAUGCAGAAGAAAUGUGUAUUUUUGCUAGUUAUCUAUCUUCUGAGGUAAAGAAGCACAAUCCUUCAGUGGAUCCAAUAAUUUAGUUAGAUAUUAUAGACUAGUAUUUAAGUUUGCUGUAGAUUGUGUGUGUGUGUGUGCGUGUGUGCUAAAAGUUCCACGGUUCACAAUUUUGGUAUUAACCCAUAUUGAAAAAACUGUGUUACUGGUCAACAGAUUUUAAUGAUGUGUAACAUAACAUAAGCAUUGACUAGUCAUUUAACAUUUGUAAAAGCAAAUGUACCAUGCAGAAAUGUUCAUUUUUAUAGCAGAUUACAUUAAAACAAAUUAAAUUAUA